GCCCCUCCCCAACUUUCUGCACACCGAACAAAUCCCGCCCAUCCUACACUUCCGCUCGAACGCGCAUCGAAUAAAACACAUCCGUUCUUCCCCAUCUGCGCCAGGCCCCGCGCAUUAUGCCGCGCCCGAAGCGGACCAGAGUCGCGUCCACAGCGGCACGCGUCAUGAAGCCGACUAAGGCCGCACAACCUUCUGCUGCCCAGCAACAACCGGAAUCGCGCAAGUCUGCAGCGCCAAAGCCAGUGGAGGUCGCUAGUGAGGAUAGUGACGGCCUUGUCAUAAAAGCGACGCGUGCGCGGGGGCGUGCACCACGAGUGGAGUUGCAAGAAGAGGUGGAACUCACAAUGACCGGCGCAAUCCCUGUCGCUAGCGAAACGGAAAUCUCCAGCAAGAAUCAUACACCUGUAUCACAAGCAAGAAGAACUAGAAAGUCUAUGGGCAGCGCGCAAGGAUCUUCGAGCAAAAGAUCGCUGAAGGAGACUGUACCUGCACAGUCGUGGUCGGCGCAGAAAGAUACAAGUCAUGUGGCGACUGGAGAGGGCGAUAGCAGUGGAUUUGGCGACCACCUGCUGUCUUUCACGUCUUUGGGCUCUGAUUCACCCGCCCACGGAACUCGACCACCAUCCGCUAUCAAAGUGGGCGCUACGCCUGCGCACGAGCGAUCAAUUCUAGCUUUGACGAACUUCAAGCGAAGGCCCAGACAGCCUAGUCUGUUGCGCAUGGUUAAUCAGACGAUCGAUGUGGAAGACAAUAACAGUGACCAUAGCAAUAUGGACUUGUACGAAUUAGAUGACUUCCAUCCAAACGCCGAAUCUACACCGCUCCCUAAAACGCAGAAUGCUGCAGGAAAAGAAGGUGCCACUGACAGCGGGGUGAAUCUUUCCAGUUCCAGUUCGCGCGGAACUAAGCGCAAACUGUCUCCCGUUGUCCAGGUACCACGGUCUUCACCGCCUUACGAUCCUCCCUCUGGCCCGGACAUUGAGUCGCGGUCACCCUCACCAAGUCUACCGGAUGUUGUACGGAGUACUGAGGAAGAAGAUGAUCAGAACGAAGGGGAUGGACGUGCGGACGACCAAGUCUUCAGCGAAACUAUGGCACCACCAAUGUCAAGCAGCGACUACAAUAUCGAGGACGUAGAGGACCCACAGGACGCGCCAAUGGCCCCAAAGCGGACAAGACGGAAGGCAGCACUAGCGCAAAAAGAUGUCGAAGAGUCAGAAGGUGAGGAUACGGAUCGCCCAAGGCCGUCGAAAGGAAGGAAAAAACCGGAUCGCGAGAAAGGCAUAUCCACCGCAAAACUUCAAGCUAUGCUCCCGAAGCGCCGGACGAGGGCCACUCGCGAUGACUCCGAGUCCGAGAGCCCAAUCGCUUCAGAUGAAGAUGAGCUUUCCAUGCCAUUACACCGCCAUGCACGGCUGGCUAAGAAAAUUGCGGCUCCAAAAGCGCCCAAGAAGUCGACUCGCGGUACAAAGAAGACUGCUGCGACAACACGCAGAGCUCCCAAAGGCUCUAGAACCUAUGGUCGACGCAUAUCGUCUGACAAAGAGAAUGAAGGCAGAGCUGAGGCAGACGAAGACGACGACGAGUCCGGAGGAGACACGGCUCGAGAGACGAACGAGAAGCCCUCAUCGCACCUGGAAGCGAUGGCGAAGAAGUUUGCCGAUAUCGACGAUUUUGAUUUGGACUUCGAAAGCGUCAGCUAUGUGCAAACCAGUUCAAGUCCCUGGCGGUAGCAUGGGUCUGCUUGUUUGCUUUUGCAUCAUGAGGCUGCUCUGUUCGCGUUUGUUGUUAUGGUGCUUUCCUGACGGUUGAUGAAUGACUUUACAAUGGUCGGUCUCGCAAGAGAUGGUGCUGCCACCGGAUGGUCGCUAUACUUGUUGGUUUCGAAUGAUGAGCUUGAACGCUUUCGAGCAUUAGAACUUGAACCUGGAACACUUAUGAGUGCGUGACGACCGUUGCUGUAAUAGAACAAAGUGGCCAUGUGUAUGGGUAACUCUGCGACAAGGACUGUUGUUCGACGGCCGGUGGUGGAGCCAGUGUGAUAACCGCGAGCAUGCUCUUAUCUGUACAUUCUUAAGAAAUCUCAAACACAAAAUGGACGGAAGAUGUGCUCGGGCAGCAAAACAAGGCCACCUGGCCAUGAUGAGACUCCCAUCAUAUACAAAAUGCAACUU